GCUCCAGGCCUCCGCGGCCAUCGCUGCCUGCGCGGUUCCUCACUCUCGCCCGCUCCCCGCCCUCCCGGGCCGAGUGGAGCCGGGUGGCGUCGGCAGAGUCGCCCGGAGGGGCACCGCGGCUUCAGGGGCUGGGCCUCCAGCGCAGCGCAAUGUCAGGCGCCGCGACAGCCCUGUGAGUCCGAGGCCGCGGCCGUGGCCCUGGGCGGCGGCGGGUCCGGGCCGGGUCCGCUCAUGGUGCCGCCACGACACCAUCGCGGGGCAGGAAGGCCAGGUGCGCUGAGUUCUUCACCUCCGUUUAGACUCAGAUCUGCCCAGUUUUCAGGCACUGCUCUUGAAGACCUCAGAAAGGCCUUUAAAAUAAGACUGCAAAUGGUGUGUGUAUUUAUCAUGAACCGAAUGAAUUCCCAGAGCAGUGGUUUCACUCAGCGCAGGCGAAUGGCUCUUGGGAUUGUUAUUCUCCUACUUGUUGAUGUGAUAUGGGUCGCAUCCUCAGAACUUACUUCGUAUGUUUUUACUCAGUACAACAAACCAUUCUUCAGCACCUUUGCAAAAACAUCUAUGUUUGUUCUGUACCUUUUGGGCUUUAUAAUUUGGAAGCCAUGGAGACAACAGUGUACAAGAGGAUUUCGAGGAAAGCAUGCUGCUUUUUUUGCAGAUGCUGAAGGUUACUUUGCUGCUUGCACAACAGAUACAACUAUGAAUAGUUGUUUGAGUGAACCUCUAUAUGUUCCUGUGAAAUUUCAUGAUCUUCCGAGUGAAAAACCUGAGAACACAAACAUUGAUACUGAAAAAUCUCCCAAAAAGUCUCGUGUAAGGUUUAGUAAUAUCAUGGAGAUUCGACAGCUUCCAUCAAGCCACGCAUUGGAAGCUAAGUUGUCUCGCAUGUCAUAUCCUACCGUGAAAGAACAAGAAUCCUUACUCAAAACUGUGGGGAAACUUACUGCAACUCAAGUAGCAAAAAUUAGCUUUUUUUUUUGCUUUGUGUGGUUUUUGGCAAAUUUGUCAUAUCAAGAAGCACUUUCAGACACAAAAGUUGCUAUAGUUAAUAUUUUGUCCUCAACUUCUGGACUUUUUACCUUAAUCCUUGCUGCAAUGUUUCCAAGUAACAGUGGAGAUAGAUUUACUCUUUCUAAACUAUUAGCUGUAAUUUUAAGCAUCGGAGGUGUUGUGCUGGUAAACCUGUCAGAGUCUGAAAAAUCUGCUGGAAGAGACCCAAUAGGUUCCAUUUGGUCUCUUGUUGGAGCCAUGCUCUAUGCUGUCUACAUUGUUAUGAUCAAGAGAAAAGUAGACAGAGAAGAUAAGUUGGAUAUUCCAAUGUUCUUUGGUUUUGUAGGUCUCUUUAAUCUGCUGCUCUUAUGGCCAGGUUUCUUUUUACUUCAUUAUACUGGAUUUGAGGACUUUGAGUUUCCCAAUAAAGUAGUACUGAUGUGCAUUAUCAUUAAUGGCCUUAUUGGAACAGUGCUCUCAGAGUUCCUGUGGUUGUGGGGCUGCUUUCUUACCUCAUCACUGAUAGGCACACUUGCACUAAGCCUUACAAUACCUCUGUCCAUAAUAGCUGACAUGUGUAUGCAAAAGGUGCAGUUUUCUUGGUUAUUUUUUGCAGGCGCUAUCCCUGUAUUUUUUUCAUUUUUUAUUGUAACUCUCCUGUGCCAUUAUAAUAAUUGGGAUCCUGUGAUGGUGGGAAUCAGAAGAAUUUUUGCCUUUAUAUGCAGAAAACAUCGAAUUCAGAGGGUUCCAGAAGACAGCGAACAGUGUGAGAGUCUCAUUCCUAUGCACGGUGUUUCUCAGGAGGAUGGAGCUAGUUAGCUGUAGUCCAGCUUGAUAAUGGAACAAUAUACGGUGAAGAGACAAUCCCUGGCAAGUUUUUGUAGAAAAAUGUUUCAGUGCCUAGUCUGAAAAAUAACAGUUUCAGUUCUUUGGAACUCUAAAACAUAUUUUCCUCUUGUCUGUUUUCUUCAUUUUCAUAAUGAAGUACUUUGCUAUGUAGCUGUGUACAUAUCACUACAGUUAUAGGAAGUUUCAGUCUACAGUCCAUCUAAAGGACCAACAUGCCUUACACAUCUCAAGGAAUUCAGCUGAUGAAAUAAUUUGAACUAAUCAAGGGAUAAAAUUUUAAUGUUCUGGAGACUUUAUUUUCACAUAUUAUUUGUUAAAUGCUGGACUAUAUUAUGAAAAUGUUUUCAAGAAAUCAUUUUAAGUAUAUAGAUUGGUGUUUCUUACAGGUAAAAUGCUAAAAUAAGCUGCCUAUAAUAGGUACGGAUGAUAUUUUUGAGUUUUGUAGAAUAUUACAAAUUAACAACACAAAAAAUGUUUAAUUUAUGCAACAAAUAUGUUCACACAAAUUUGGUAGGACUUUAGAAAGAAUCGAUAUUUGAGAAAAGAUCUGGUUCACUUACACUACAUAUACUGUAUUAUCCUUUCAUAGCAUUAGGUGCCUUCUACUUUAAAUCUGUGACAAACCAUGACAAAUUUUUAAAGGAGAAGUAUUAUUGUAAAAUGAAGAAUUAUGUACUUCUAAAGACUGUAUUGCUGUAAAUUUAAUUGAUAAAGCUCUGCUUAUUUAGAG